AUGUAUUUUUUAAGGGAAAAACGAAAUAACGAAAAUGAAUUGAUUGCUAAUUUUGAGGAAAUAAACAAAAAAUAAAUAGAAAACACAGAAAGAAAACAUAUGAUGUGGACAAUUUCCAGGUUAUCCAAAAAAAUAUAAAAUGUAUAGUAAAAUCAUUAACUUAUAAUAGAAAAACCAUUUGAUUUUGGUCUAAGUGAAUUGUUGA